GGAAGGUGACCCCAAGUUCUAGCUUUUCACUCCUUUCUAUAAAUGGGCUGGCAGUUACCCCACUACAUUGGUCUGUCAUAAAGGCCCAACGUUCCACUACGAGACUACUUCUCAAUAAUGGGGGUGACUCUAAUGCAAAGGCUGCUGAUGGAAGCACCCCACUACAUUGGUCAGUUAGAGCGGGAAAUGUUUACAUGACACUACUACUUCUCGAUGCUGGGGGUGAUGUCAAUACAAGGACGGCUAACGGAAGCACUCCCCUACAUUGGUCGGCCAGAGCGGGAAAUCCUCGAACCAUGGAACUACUGCUUCGGAAUGGAAGUGACCAUAAGAAAAUUACGACUGACGGAAGCACCCCUCUGCAUUGGGCCGUAGCUUACGCCAAUUUUGAUGGAGUUGUCAACCUCCUAUUUGAAGCAGGUGUCAAUCUCAGAACAUCAGCUUCUUCGGAAAUUGGGCGUACAGCUGUACAAGCUGCAGUCGCGAAUGGUCAUUUAAGGGUUGCUGAGCUGCUCGUAGAGGCCGGGGCAGAUGGCAAAAUUCCAGCGACUGUGGAAGGUGGGAAGUUAGCCGACCAGGCUGCUUCCAGCCAGACAAUAACAAACCUCGGAAGUCCGAAUACGACCUUUAAGUUGUCUUUCUCUGAGCCCAAAAGCUCUAAUGUGUAUGAUAAGGUGGAGGAUGGACUGGACAUUCCAUGGCGGCUAGGGCUGCGGAGCGACCUCUGGGACUUCAUUGAUGACAAAGUCUUCAGUACGAAUUCGAAGUUAGCGCCGGAAGUAGCUUUCACUAACCACACUGCUUGGACGGAGAUCAUGCAAACAUGGGUGAUCAAGGAGGCUCUUGAGGAGGCACACUACAGCUUCAAGCAGGUACAGAAUAAGGUGACAGAUGAAAGAGGUAUAAGGACUGAGGCGUUCUUUCGCAUUGAGAUGGCUUUGAAAUAUCCCGACGUCCGCUUCCUCAUCGAUCGCUCAAUCAACCUCUAUCGCGCCUCUCAGGAGGUUGCGGACUUGACAGUGAACGGAGACAGCUGGGGAUAUGAAAUCGAAAGGGAGAUCAGCCGAACAGAGACAAAAGAAUGAUGCAUACAUUGCUAUGCCUUGAACCUCAGUUUCGAGAUUAGACGAAUGCUUUC